ACAUACACGAUCGGAUACUCUCGUCCCCGAGGUCCAGUCUCUCACCACCACACACCGAACCCACAAGUCACCAGAAAACGAUAAUGUUUGGUUCUUCUUCUUCUUGAUGAACAAUCGCCAUUGGAGAAGAAGAAUAUGCUUCUCUUGCAGUCUCCGCCAAUUUCAACUCGCUUCCACUUUAUCUACCUUACCUCUCCGAUCUCUUGCCGCUACCCCUUCCUCCAUCCGCCUCUCUCCGCCGCUGCUGCCGGUUUCUCCGCUACACCUUCCGCCGAAGUAGCUUCGGUCUCUGGGUCUUCUCCAUCGUAUUGGUCCUCGUUGAAGGGUUUGAGCGCAAGCGAAGAUGAAGAAGGAGAGGACGCUGAAUCCUUCCCGGAGAGUCGCCGGCGAUAUGACUUCUCUCCGCUUCUGGAAUUUCUCUCCAAGCGGAGCUCCGCCGAGUUGGUAUUGGACUCGGCCUCGGAUUCUGUUUCGCCCGAUUCGCUUGACCCGGACGAGUUCCGUCUCGCCGAGUCGUACCGCGCGGUGCCGUCGCCGUACUGGCACUCGCUUCUGAAAUCGUUGUGCUCGUCUUCUUCGUCAGUCGCUCUUGCCUACGCCGUGGUUUCGUGGUUGCAGAAGCACAACCUCUGCUUCUCCUACGAGCUGCUCUACUCGAUUCUCAUCCACGCGCUUGGUCGAUCAGAGAAGCUCUACGAGGCGUUUCUGCUUUCUCAGAAACAAACCCUAACCCCAUUGACGUACAAUGCCCUGAUUGGUGCUUGCGCUCGAAACAACGAUAUCGAAAAAGCCCUCAAUCUGAUUUCGAAGAUGCGGCAAGAUGGUUUUCAAUCCGAUUUCAUCAACUACAGCUUGGUCGUACAGUCACUGAUGCGGACAAACAAGAUUGAUUCAGCUCUUUUGCAGAAACUAUAUAAGGAGAUCGUGUGUGACAAGAUCGAGAUUGAUGCACGGCUCAUGAAUGACAUGAUCAUGGGUUUCGCGAAAUCUGGUGACCCGACUCGUGCUCUGCAGCUUCUAGGCACGGCUCAAGCAAUGGGUUUAAGCGCGAAAUCUGCGACCCUCGUUGGGAUAAUCUCGGCUUUGGGGAAUUCGGGGAGGACUAUGGAGGCUGAAGCUUUGUUCGAGGAGCUGAAACUAAGCGGUUUGAAGCCUAGAACCAAAGCUUACAAUGCGUUGCUUAAAGGAUCCGUAAAGACUGGUCCUUUGAGAGAUGCAGAGUUGAUUGUUUCGGAAAUGGAGAGGAACGGAGUUUCCCCGGAUGAACAUACAUAUAGUCUUCUCAUCGAUGCAUAUGUGAAUGCUGGGAGAUGGGAGAGUGCGAGAAUUGUUUUGAAAGAGAUGGAAGCCCGAAAUGUACAACCUAACUCCUUUGUGUUUAGCAGGAUCUUGGCUGGCUAUCGCGAUAGAGGCGAGUGGCAAAAGACAUUCCAAGUCUUGAAGGAGAUGAAGAACAUCGGAGUUAAACCCGAUAGACAAUUCUACAACGUGAUGAUUGAUACAUUCGGCAAGUUCAACUGCCUCGAUCAUGCCAUGGCUACAUUCGAUAAAAUGUUAAGCGAGGGGAUCGAACCUGACACGGUAACAUGGAACACUCUUUUAGAUUGCCAUUGCAAGCAAGGCCGACACGAUAUAGGCGAAGAAUUGUUCGAGGCGAUGCAGGAACGAGGGACCCCGGCUUGUUCCACAAGUUACAACAUCAUGGUCAAUAGUUAUGGCGAGCAAGAGAGAUGGGACGAUAUGAAGAGAUUGUUGAGGAAGAUGAAUGGAGAGGGGAUACUACCUAAUACAGUGACAUACACUACUCUUGUCAACGUUUAUGGUAAAUCCGGUAGGUUUAACGACGCGAUUGAUUGUUUGGAUGAUAUGAAAUCGGCAGGUCUCAAGCCUUCUUCGACAAUGUACAAUGCCCUCAUCAACGCUUACGCUCAAAGGGGUUUAUCCGAGCAAGCUGUGAAUGCAUUUAGAGUGAUGACAUCGGAUGGACUGAAGCCGAGUUUACUCGCUCUCAAUUCCCUCAUCAACGCCUUUGGAGAGGACAGAAGAGAUGCCGAAGCCUUUGCUGUGCUGCAGUUCAUGAAAGACAACGGCAUAAAACCGGAUGUUGUCACUUACACUACACUGAUGAAAGCCUUGAUUCGCGUCGAUAAGUUUGAAAAGGUGCCGUCUGUGUAUGAGGAGAUGAUCAUGUCAGGAUGCAAUCCAGACAAGAAAGCAAGGGCGAUGUUACGAUCUGCUCUGAGAUAUAUGAAACAAGCAUUAAGAUCCUGAAGAUGUGUUCUGUUCCAAUUCUAAAUCCAACCAACACAAACAUGAGCCGGACAGACCGAUGAAGGGUCCAAAUUUCGGGAAGAUUCGCAGUCUCCAUUACGACUCCGACAGCAUCAUGUUGACGGUCUGAGAAAUCUCAAAGCCGGAUACGGAUGACACGCUGGUGACGAACAAAUAAACAUCUUCUGUAUACAUAUAUUCAUUAUUGUAUAGUUUCAUCGGCAGAUUCAAAAAUUGGUUUUCGAUUAAUGAGAAGUCUAGCCCAUCCUCAGCUUUA